GCCGCCGCCGCCGUGAACAUGGAGCCCCCGGACACCCGCGCCAGGGCGCGGAGGGCCGCGCGGCUGCUGUGUCUCGCGCUCCUGCUGGCGGCGUCCCCAGGUGUCCAGGCGGAGGUACACGUGUCUGUGUCCCCUCUAGUGGAGGUAAUGCAAGGACAGCGCGUCAUCCUGAACUGCACCCUCCUUGGGAAGGUCGACCACUAUGUGCUGGAAUGGUUCCUUACUGACCGCUCCGGGGCCCGCCGCCGUCUGGCCUCGGUCGAGCAGCAGGGCUCUAAGCUGCAGGGCUCGGUACAUGACACGAAGGGCCGCAGUCCCCCGUACCAGCUGGACCCCCAGGGACACCUGGUGCUAGCUGAGGCUCAGGUGAGCGAUGAGCUGGACUACGUGUGUGUGGUGAAGGCUGGGGCAGCAGGCACUGCUGAGGCCACCACGAGUCUCCGAGUGUUUGCAAAACCAGAGGCCACCGAGGUGAUCCCCAACCAAGGGAUACUGUCCGUGAUGGAAGAGCUUGCCCAAGAGAUUGCCACCUGCAAUAGCCGAAAUGGGAAGCCGGUCCCCCAGAUCACGUGGUAUCGGGACGGGCAGCGGCUGGAGAUGUCCAUCAGGAUGAAACCAGAAGGCUACAUGACCAGUCGAACCGUCCGGGAGGCCUCGGGCCUGCUGUCUCUCACCAGCACCCUCUACCUCCGACUGAACAAGACUGACCGGGACGCCAGCUUCCACUGUGCAGCGAACUACAGCCUGCCUUCAGGCCACCAUGGCCGCCUGGACAGCCCUGUCUUCCACCUUACCCUGCACUAUCCCACGGAGCAUGUGCAGUUCUGGCUGGGCAGCCCGUCCACCACCGAGGGCUGGGUGCGCGAGGGUGACUCUGUCCAGCUGCUCUGCCGGGGGGAUGGCAGCCCCAGCCCAGAGUACACAUUUUUCCGCCUUCAGAACCACCAGGAAGAAGUACUGAGCACCAACCUCAACGGGAACCUGACCCUGGAGGGGGUGCAGCGGGGCCAGAGUGGGACCUAUGGCUGCAGGGUGGAAGACUAUGACGCCGCCGAGGACACCCAGCUCGCCCAGACUCUGGAGCUGCACGUGGCCUACCUGGACCCCCUGGAGCUGAACGUGGGGGAGGAGCUCUCUGUGUUCCUCAACAGCAGCCGCACCGCUGUGAACUGCUCUGCCCGGGGCCUGCCUGUCCCCACCCUGCGCUGGACCAAGGAUUCUGUGCCCCUGGGAGAUGGCCCCAUGCUCUCGCUCACCUCUGUCACCUUCGACUCUGCUGGCACCUACAUAUGUGAGGCCUCCACACCCACGGUCCCCCUCCUCAGCCGCACUCAGAGCUUCAAGCUGCUGGUCCAAGGGUCACCUGAGUUAAGGCCAAAAGAGAUGGAGUCCCAGGCAGGGGACGGCUGGACAGAAGGAGACGAAGUCAAGCUGGUCUGCUCUGCCCGCGGCUACCCAGAACCCCAACUCACCUGGAGCCACCGGGGUGGCACUCCAGCAGAGCCGUCCUUCGAGGGCCAGGGCUGGGUGAGCAGCUACCUGACCUUGAAGGUGACCAGCGCCCUGAGCCGAGAGGGCGUCUCCUGUGAGGCCACCAACGCCCUCGGGAAAGCCAGGCACGUCUUCCACUUCAGCUCGGUAGCUCCCCAGACCGCCCAGGCUGGAGUGGCCGUCAUGGCUGUGGCUGUCAGCGUGGGCCUCCUGCUUCUGGUCGUUGCCGCCUUUUACUGCAUGAGACGCAAAGGUCGCCCAGGCUGCUGCCGGCGCGAGAAGGGGGCUCCGCCACCAGGGGAGCCAGAACUGAGCCACUCGGGGUCCGAGAGGCCAGAGCAGACGGGUCUUCUCAUUGGAGGUGCCUCUGGGGGGACGAGGAGUGGCAGUGGAGGCUUUGGAGAUGAGUGCUGAGCCUGAUGGCCUCUCAGAGAGGUGACUGCUGGACCUGAGGCUGCGGGCACCGGGAAAUGGACCUGCAUACGCCUCCGCCCCCUUCCUUCUCCCUGCUCGGCCCUCCCUUCCUUCCUCUGCCCCUGGGCCAGGGCCCACGGUGGCUUCAGCCUCCAGGAGGGAAAAAGGAGGGUGUGUGGCUGGGAGGGGGCCUUCCGCAAGCGAGCGUGGCUCGCUCAGGCCCCAGAAUAGCUCCUGGACCCAAGCCCAGGCCCGGCCUGGGACAAGGCACCAAGGAUCGGCAGGCCUGCGGGGCUAUUUUUACCUCCUGCCUCUCUUGCUGGUCCCCCGCCACCUGAUGUCCUGCUGCAUAGUCUGACACUGGAUCCCCGCCCUGCCCCGCCCUCG